CGCCCCUCCGCGCACUUAUAGCGCCGCGGACGCUCCGUUUCCCCGUGGCCGUUUAACGCGCUCUCAGGAUGGUAGAGCACAGCGGGCUGGAUAUCAUGUGUCCGAACAAGUACUGCCACAGCUCCGUGUCCUCCUCCAGCUCCGAGCGCGACAAGAGAAUGUUCACCCGGAUCAGAUUGAGUCUGUCCGCUGACUACCCCAAGAAGAACGCGGAGAUCCUGAGCGGGCAGUAUGGCACUAACCUGCUGCUUAUCGGUUCCGCGCUCAUGCUCGCCAUCGCCAACCACGGUCCCGCGGUGCGCGAGGAGCACCUGCUCAGCUUCCUCUGUGGCCUCAUGGCGCUGCAGCUUGCGUGGAUGAUGUGGUACAUCCUCGUUCGGGACCGGCACGAGAGCGCGCACACGGAGAAGGACAAACACGCCACGACCUGUUGGAUCCGAGGUGGUCUGACGCUGCUCGCGCUGCUGUCCCUGGUGAUGGACGCGUUCCGGAUCGGGUAUUACGUAGGCUAUCACCUAUGCGUGUCGGCGGUGCUCGGAGUGUACCCUGUGCUACAUGCAGCGCACACCAUCGCACAGGUUCAUUUUCUAUGGUUCCACAUUAAAGACGUCAUCAAGUCCUUCGAGACCUUUGAAAGAUUCGGGGUAAUGCAUGCGGUCUUCACAAACCUCCUGCUCUGGUGCAGCGGAGUCAUGUCCGAGGCCGAACAUUUCCUCAAAAACCACGUCAGGAGAGUGUCUGUGGAGAACCAGGGCAACUACAGUACAGAGUACUCAGAGCCAUCAUGUAAUUGUUCCACCUCCACCUGCUCCCUCUUCGCUAACAGCCUGUUCUACCUGUACCCCUUUAACAUUGAGUAUCACAUCUUCGUGUCGGCCAUGUUGUUUGUCAUGUGGAAAAACAUUGGUCGAACUCUGGAGCUGCAUAGCACCAGAAGGAGGCCCAUCCCUGUGAGCCGUGCCCUGAGCCUGGGGCCUGUUCUGGGGCUGCUGGCGCUGGCGAGCACCAUUACCGUGUUGGUGGUGUAUCUCACGCACGUAGAGCAGAGCAUGGAAACUCGGCAGGCAGCUGUGUCCAUGUUCUACAUGUAUGGCAUCGUGAUGCUUCUGAGCAUGUGCAGCGCAGCGGCUGUGGGACUUCUCAUCUACCGCGCGCAGCACUGUCCCUUCGACACGUCCAAAAAUCCUUCCCGAGAGCUGGACACGCAGCUUGCUUUGGGCUCCUCGGUGGGCUCGUGGCUCAUGGCCUGGUGCAGUGUGGCGUCUGUGGUCAGCAGCAGUAGCUCUGCCCCUCAUCGUUGGACCAAUGGGCUGUACUCUCUGCUUAUGGUACUGGAGAAGUACGUACAGAACCUGUUUAUCAUCGAGUCUCUGUACCGACAGGAGGAGCAGGAACUGCCCGCCUCUCCGGAAGUCUUCUCUGUCACCUCCUCGCUAGCGCCUCCUUACGGUGGCAUCAUAAACUGCGCGUACGAGACGCAGGAGCGAGGGGUGGAGGAGGGGGAGGACAGUGCAGUGGUCUAUGGCCGAAAGCCCUCUCAGGUGCCCCUCUCUGUGGGCACGAAUCUGCCCCCUCCCCCCCGACUCAAGAGGAAACUGCUCAAGAACAUCGCGCUGUUCCUCACCAUGUGCAACAUCUGUCUCUGGAUCUUGCCAGCGUUCGGGUGCCGGCCUCAGUACGAUAACGGUUUAGAGGAGGAGACCUUUGGCUUCGAGAUUUGGACCACAGUUCUGAACUUUGCUGUUCCUCUGAACCUGUUUUACCGAAUGCACGCUGUGGCCUCUCUGUUUGAAGUGUUCCGUCGCGUCUGAAUGUGCACGUGAACUGCAACUGUGCAUGAGAUUACCGGUGUGCACGUGAACUGCUGAAGUGUGCAGGGAGGGGGUAAGGCGGGGUCAGUCCUCACACUUACGGGUUGAUGGGUCUAUGUCUCCUCUCUUCUCCUCGCUCUCAAGUCACAGCAGGAAAGUCUCUGGUUCGUCUCCUGGCCCUUUCUGGGUGGAGUUUGCAUGUUCUUCCUGUGUCUGUCUGGUUUUCUCUGGGUACUCUGUUUUUUCUCAUCAACCCAAAGCAUGCACAACAGGUCAAAUCCUCCACCUAAGGUAGUCCUGAUCAAGACUACCUCAAGAUCUGCAGAUGGGUCCCACUGCUCCUGACAAGUUUAACCCAGAGACACUGAAGGAUGGGUCAAAUGCAGGUUUAACCCAAAGACA